AAGCGACGACCAAGUGUUUGUUUAUGUGCGCCGCGCGCUGAAAAUAUUCUUUGGUCCUAUCCUCCAUUAGUACCGUCGUGGGGGCCUGAGUGACCAAAUUCCACGACAGAAUUUUGUGUCCAGGCGAGGGUUAGUCGUCCGCGACUAUACCUUUAAUUUGGUCCGAAUCGCUUCAGAAAACGUUUGGAAAAUUGACCACGUUGUUUACCAGAGCUGCAGAAAACCAACAACCAAUUGCGAGUGUGCACGUCUCUGAGAAUGGGCGAAUUUAGAGCGGCCAAUAAUGCGAUGGACAUGACUUCCUGGACAGACGCCGUGACUUUGAUGGCCGUGAAGCUCGCCAGCGUCCGCAUUCUUCAUUACGGUGACGAGCAUGGCGCCUCGCUGUCCGACUUCAUGCAGAGUGUCCGAAGGUUCAAGUACUGCUGGCCAACCAUCACCGACCGCGAGCUCGUACACCAGGCCAUCAGCUGUCUGACCGGCAACGCUUUUGAAUUUGCUGAGCAGCUCGACACCACCAGUUUGACCCUCGAGGGACUGCAGAAGUUGCUCGAAGAUAAAUUUGAAGAAAAGCCGAGCUACGUAGAACUCCGCAAUGCCUUCAGACGACUAACCCAAGAAGAGGAUGAAACGGCAAAGCAGUUUUUGCUACGUCUAGAGGAAGCCGCCACAAAGUUAUUUGCAGCCCGGAAUUCGCACCCCGAGGAGACAUCGGCCGUAAAAGAAUUUGAAUUCCAGAAGGAGUUGAAAAUACAGUUUCAAUCAGGCCUUCAAGAUGACCUUGCCUACGCCAUCGCCAUCAGUGCCCAUACCGAGUUGAAAGAAAUGCUGAAGGUUGCCACCUCGGUGGAACAGUUCCGACGUCUGCGCAGGCCGACGACCACUUCAAAAGACGUGUUUGCGCCGCCAACCAACCCUUUUGCUCGCAGGCGUCCAGUCAUUAUGCAGAAAUCAUUGUCUGAGAAGCCAAAACCUGUCCCACCAGCGACCCAGCAGCCACCAGCGCCAGCCAAAAUUGAGAAUCAAUAAUCCACCCAAAACUCCUGCCAACCCUGAAAAGUUUAAUUCACAUUAUAUUAACCCUUUAAUUUUAACGAACACAUUGAGCAUUUUUAAUUCAUCGCAUUAACCUUUAAAUAAAUGAUG